UUCUUCAAGGUUAUAAAAUUACUCGGACAUCAUUGAGUGCUUGGUUGAUUGAAAUUAUUUUUUUUUUAUAACCAUUUUUGACAAUAGUUUUUUUAAUUUAAAAUUUUUCGUUGAUAAUAAUAAAUAGGUGGAUUAUUUAUUGUGUUAUAAAUAAGUGACAAGUUUAUAAUUUUAUUGGGGAUGGUGAUUUUUUGAGGGUGAGUUUAGAAUGUCGGGGAGCAGUGAUUCUGAAGAAUUUUUUGAUGCUGAAGAUGACAGUUUUAAUCGUAGCUCAAGGAAAAGCAAUGGCCGUGAUUCACUACCAGCCAGUAAUCUCGAAAAAACUUCGCCCACCUUGACAUCCGAUGACAAUAUUUUCGUAAAACCACUGGACCCAAAACCCAUAAUACAACUAACUCAACCUCAACCGCUAUCUCUACCAGCAAAUUCUAGUGACGAAUCAAAAUCUAUAAAUAGCAAAACAGAUGACGAAGAAAAAACAUCUGAUAAAUUAACGGGACGAAGACGUUUUCGUGAACUACGUCAACGUAUGCAAACAGAAGAUGAUGACAUACCAAUAAAUAAUUCACCUCCCGAUAGUCAGACAUCUUCAAUAGAAGGCGUUUAUCCAGCACCAGCGAAAACUACUCAUCCAUUUCGCAUUAUCGAACAUGAUACCGUGAGUCUUCAAAGCAUGACAUCACUUGGUAGAGUCGGUAGAAUAUUAGCCGGAGGUCCUGAUUCUGUUUCUGGUGUUCUACAUCAUGGUGUUUCCUGUCCCAUACCACUAACACGUGAUAUUCCGAUGUCAUCAAUUCCCAGUAAAGAUGAAGAUACUGGUUCUGAAAAAGUAUCACAAUCGUCAAGUGUAUUGACACUAUCGGGUGACAUUGUCCAAGACUGCGCAUCGACUGUCAACGGACGAAAAGAAUUCAUUAAUACUCAUUGCGAAGCUAAUGUCGGAUUGCAAGAACCAGAUGUCAUUGCUAGCACUAAAACUAGUGGGAAAUCGAUUGAUCAUCAAGAUACGCAAGGACCCGCAGUUGCUCCUGUCGCACCACCGAGACGAAAGAAAAAAUCUAAACCUCAAACACCAACCGAUCUUGCUCCUUCUACAGCAGAGGGAUCGGUACCUGCAUCAUCACUGCCAAGUCCAGCUAGUACAAUUGAGUCAAUAACUCGUGAAUUUGAACACUCAUUGGACAUAAGAUCUGCUACUAAAGGACAAUACGUCGUAAAGCCACAGGCAAGUUUCUCAAGUAAUAUCGUGUUUUACCUCAGAAAUGAUAAAAUUCCAGGUCGCCUCGAGUCGUUCGAGACCCUGAGAGGAUUUUAUAGUCACCGAUAUCGGGACGAGGAUAAAUCAAAAGCUGAAGGACCUUCGGCAGAAGAAAUUGAGCGUUUGGAAAAAAUGAAAGCUGAGUUGAUAAGCUUACAAUCUAGUGAUAAAUCUAGUAGUCCGAUGGGUUCUCUAUCGAGCAAUAGCGUUGGUCGAUACUCACUUGGGCAGCACCGAUUGCCAGGUAGUCUUCAAGGUACACGGGAACGACGUAAAUCAGCCGGUGAUCAGGAUAUGGUCAAACAGCUCAAUAUGUUCGUAAGAACGAGAACUGAUUCUGGCAAACGUCUUACAGAUAUGGAGAUCUUAGAACAAGUCACAGUAUUGAACUUGGACACAGGAGAACGCGUGCCUUUAAGUAUAGCUGAAGAUAAAUUACCUCAAUGUAUGAAUCCCUUAUCGUUGCACAUCAUGCGUUUAACUUCUGAGUAUGUUAGUAAUUCAAGCCUUGACAAAGAAAAAGAAAGCGAUGAAGAAAGUGUUGAUUCAAAGAUGUCAUCGAUACCGCCUGACGAAGACGUGUCAGUUGGACGGGUUCGUAAAAAAACCCAAAAGAUUAAACGCUUUUUGGGAUCUACUGUAAGAAAGACUAUGGACAAAGCUAAAUCUAUAGCCCAAGAAGUGUCUCAUGCCCGACACAAAGAAGACGUUAUGGAUAUCGUUGAUGACGUCUAUCCCGGCGAGCCACAGUGUAUUAAACUCAAAGCUUCUAACAGCCACAAAGGACCGUAUGAAUUUUCAAAUCUUCAGCAUGUCCAGGACUUGAGCGGAGAGCAUGUAGGUCCUGUUUGGUGCAUGAAAUUCUCAGCUUGCGGGCGAUUACUUGCUACUGCUGGCCAAGAUCGUGUUCUUAGGAUAUGGGUACUCAGAGACGCUUUUAGAUAUUUCCAAGAUAUGCGCACUAAAUACAAUGCAGAGAAGGUAAGUCCAACACCGUCCCAAGAGUCAUUGGUCUCUCAACAGUCGAUGGAAGAUCCGAAUAUAAUAGCCAGUGCACUAAGUGAAGUAGAGGGCACAAAAAGUCCAUUUAUGCCGAAACCCUUCUGCACAUACACCGGACAUACAUCCGACCUACUGGAUGUAUCAUGGUCAAAAAAUUAUUUUGUUUUAUCAUCCUCAAUGGAUAAAACAGUUCGUCUAUGGCACAUAUCUCGCAAAGAAUGUCUAUGCUGUUUUCAACACAUUGAUUUCGUAACUGCAAUAGUGUUCCAUCCUCGUGAUGAUCGUUAUUUCUUAUCUGGUUCGUUAGACGGUAAAUUACGACUAUGGAAUAUUCCGGAUAAAAAAGUCGCCGUGUGGAAUGAAGUUAACGGUAACACAAAAUUAAUAACAGCUGCUAAUUUUUGUCAAAAUGGUAAAUUUGCUGUUGUCGGAUCUUAUGAUGGCCGUUGUAUAUUUUACAAUACUGAUCAAUUGAAGUAUCAUACACAAAUAGAUGUACGGUCUACACGUGGUAAAAACGCACGUGGUCGUAAAAUAAGCGGGAUUGAACCAAUGCCUGGUGAAGAUAAAAUUUUAGUAACAUCAAAUGAUAGUCGUAUUCGUCUUUAUGAUUUACGUGAUCUCAAUUUAUCGUGUAAAUACAAGGGUUAUGUUAAUGUAAGUAGUCAAAUAAAAGCUAGUUUUAGUCCAGACGGGCAGUAUAUUGUCGCAGGUUCGGAAAAUCAGUGUAUCUACAUAUGGAAAACCCACCACGAUUAUUCGAAAUUUUCAAGUGUCAGACGUGAUCGUAACGAUUUUUGGGAAGGUAUUAAAGCGCAUAAUGCUGUUGUCACGUGUGCUGUAUUUGCACCUAAUCCGGACAGUAUAAUAAGACAAAUUGAAGCCAGAGAAAAGUGCGAUAGUCAUGAUAGUAAUAAUGAUAACAACAAUGCUGGGUCAAAUAAUAAAAAACCGGUUGUUGAUCCAGUUGUUGAACAAAGGACCAAAGGUUGUGGUGGACAUGUACUUGUUAGUGCUGAUUUUAACGGAUGUAUUAAAGUUUUUUUGAAUAAAACUAAACCAAAGCAUAGUUCACUUCCCGCUUCUGCGCUUGCAUAAAUUAUAGAUACUUUUUUUUAAUAGUGCGUUUAUAUGUUUUUAACGGAUAAAAAUACUUUCUUUUUGUAACAAACGGUUAUUUUUCUAUUUUACCGGCAGAGCAGAAUUUCGCGGUCGGUAAAAACUCGGUCGGUAACUUUUUUAAGUUGCAAUAUUUAUGUAGGUUAUAUAUUUUUGAUUGAUAAAUAUUUUUUAUUUAAUAUAUAACACAAAAUUUUGUAAUUUAUGUCAGUAAUUAUAAAUUUGCAUUAAAUCAUGUAGAAAAUUUACUAGAGAAAAAAAUCUAAUACUAAAAAUUGUGAAUAUUUUUAAAUAUUGAAAAAAUUUAAUGUGAAAAAAAUAAAAAGCACUUUAUUAGAUAAUAAAUAGAUGCAUUAAAAAUUGUAAAAAUUAUUAGAUAAUUAUAAAAAUGGAAACACCAUAUUACAAAAAAAAUUAAUGUGAAUCAAUUCAAUCGACAAUAAGGAUGUUAAAUAAAUUGAACA